AUGGAGCCUAAGAAUGAAUUUAAAUCUUCAAAUUCCAAGUCUAGUAGAAAUGAAAACUUUGGUGGUUUUUAUAAUCUUGGAAGCGGUAGUUUAGAAAGGCUGGAAACCAGAGUUCCAGAUGAUGUGAAUGAUUACUUGAGCCAAUUUUCAUUAAAAAGUUAUAUAUCGCAAAUAAAAUCUGUUAGAAGCUCAAACGAUUUUGAUUUAAAUAAAAAUAAAUAUGAUAAGAACCAAUUAGUCAAAUCUUCUGAUACUUUUAAUACCAAACCUUUGACGAAAUAUGAAAGGUUACAAAAACUAGAGAAGAGUUUAAAUGGAAUACAGUCCAAUGUUGAAUUGAAGAGAAGUACCAUCUUGGAGGACAUUUAUCAGAAAAUUAAUAAUUUGGAAAAUAAAAUAACUGAUUCAGAGUGUUCCUCCGGUAAAAUAAUGGAUCUAAUUGGUAAAAAGAUCGAGAGGAUUGAAAAGACCAUUGAAAUGGUAAAUACAAAGCAUGAAGAAGUUCUGAAUGAAAAGGCGGAUGCAAUAGAUAAUAUUUGUGAAAAGUUUCAUAACUCAUUAACACAAGAGCAAGAAAACUGGAGAGAAGGGGAAAAGAAUAUAUUGAACUCUGUAAAGGGCCAGAUAGAAUCAGUGAAGCAAGUUUUAUCAAGAUAA